UGUGAAGCCCAUCAUCUACCUAGGAGGUCGUCUUCUUACCUGGUUUUUCCGAUUAGCCCAUCGCCUUCAAUUUUUUAAUUCGUACCUAACCCUUUUAUCUGAUCUGAUCCAGACCAGAUCCUACCAUCUUUCCCACUUAAUCAUCACGUCUUCUUCCGACUUUCCCACAUAUCAGUUCGCGCCUUGACGGCAGGACUGAAUGUGCUAAGACGUCUCUUCACGAUCAUUUCCCGUCUUUUUGACAAAGACGAUUAAUUCAAAGUUCUGUCAUUACUGAUUGAUGCCGCGUGGGAUUUUUUAAUAUUCCAACCAGCACAAGAUCUACAACGUUCACGUCUCUCACGCGUCUCACGUUUUUCACACUUCUUUCAUUAACCGCAAUUAUUCCAAACUCCGUUCUCAACGGUAGGAAAUCAACAGAUAACCGUCAACACAUUGUCGACCUUAUUCCCAUUCCCAUUCUCAUGUUCAUUUUUCGCUACAGUCUGGUUUAAAUAAACAAGAAGUGGAAGUGUGCAAAGAUGUCGAUGAUCGGUAGAGAUGACAUGGAUGACAUGGGCGACAUGCCCAUGGAGAACAUCAAUGAUGAAAACUGGCCCGUAACCAAUCGAGCUUAUGCUAAGGGUUACUGGUACUUCAUUGCAGCCGCGGUCGCACUGUUCCUCGUUAUCCGAACCAUCAACUUUGCCCUGAAUUGGUCAAGAUUGCGCAAAGCCAAGAGUCAAUCGGUGCAUAUUCCUACCAAGCCAACCAACCGAUUCACUCAGACAUGGGCAACCUUAACUGCCCUAUGUAGGGAGAUCAGCUAUCCGCAGUUCUACAUCCCAAUCCGAGGUCUGUCAUGGAUGACGCCGCCCCCCAUGGGCCGCAUCUUCAUCAUCUUCGUCUACUGGGCUGUCGUCGCCUAUAUGAUGGCCAAAGAUGUUGUGAGAUACGAUAUCAAUUACUAUGAGCGAAUUGGUUAUCGUAAUGCUUGGGUGACGGUUACUCAAGUGCCUCUUCUCUACCUACUAGCCUCUAGAACCAACGUCAUCGCACUGGUCACUGGUACAAGCUACGAACGAUUGAAUUGGCUUCAUCGAUGGGUAGCUCGAACCAUGUUCGUCUCCGCCACCUGUCAUGGCUGGUUCUUUUGGACUGAGUGGGUUAGAGGUGAUAUGGUUGACCUAGAACUUAGCAUGAUGCGAAUGGUUCGCUAUGGACUCGGAGCUUGGGGAAUCUUGCUAUGGAUGGUUGUCACAUCCUUCAAGCCAUUCCGCUCUAUGGCGUACGAAUUCUUUGUCAUCCAACACGUCUUAGCAGCUGUUGUAUUCCUCUGGACUAUCUACCGCCAUGUUCCUGUAGGCGGAAGAUACAACGUGUGGUUCGCGAUUGCUUCGAUCUGCUUUGAUCGCGCUUUUCGCCUGGGACUCUUAUUUUGGCAGAAUGUCAAAUUGCGCCCGAACCGCACAUGCUGCGAGGGCGCACAGUGGAUUGGCCAUCUAACCAAGCUUUCUCCCAUUGGCGAGUCUACAACAGUGCUCACUAUCAAGGAUGUUCACUUCAAGUGGAGUCCGGGACAGCACCUCUAUUUGUGGUUGCCGAGAAUGGCAUUGUUCGAAGCCCAUCCAUACACGAUUGCCUCUGCGCAUCAAGUCCCGGACACGUGUAUCUGCAACAGCAUCCAGUUGGUAGUACGAUCCCAUUCGGGCUUCUCAAAGCGUCUCAACAAAUUUGCCCGAAAGCUAGAGGAAUCGGGAAAGAAGCAGACUCUGACGGCAUUCGUAGUAGGCCCGUAUGGUAACCCACCCCGAUGGGAUAUCUUCGAGACCUUGGUCUUUAUAUCCGCUUCGACUGGUGCAUCCUACACCCUCCCUGUCCUGGAGAAUGUGCUGAAAUCCACGGCUAAGUCAUGUAUCAAGCGAGUGGAUUUUCUCUUGGCAGCAAAGCAAGGCGAGGAGAUUUCUUUCUACCAUGAACGUCUACAUGAAGCUAUCGAGGAGGCCAAGUCGGUGGGCGUUGAAUUGUCCGUGCACAUUGCCGUAACUGGUGAUAGACAACCCGAACCGGCGGUUACCACGUCAUUCCCAGAGUCUUCGACGUCCUCGGCGAAUCAUGAGAAGAAGGUUAUUGACGGAGAGACCCAGGCAGCAGCAAAUGUCGAAGGAGUCGCUCAGCCAUUGAUGAACCAAUCGUCAAGCCGUGUCCCCAGCACAGGCUCUGACUCGCACAUCCAGCAUUUGACAUCGCGACCUGAUGUGGCUGGCUUUAUCAAGACGGCGGUUGAGGCUACUGGAGGUGAAACUGGCGUGGUCGUUUGCGGUGGACAAUCCUUGGUUGCCAAGGUGAGAACGAGCGUGGCCAAGCUGAGCGACGAACGCGCUGUUCACAAGGGUACUGGUGCCCAGGGAAUCUACUUGCAUGUGGAAGAGUAUUGCUUCUAAUGGAGAUGCUGGAAACGUCUAUAUUAGGAGUGACAUUAAUUGCAACAUGGGGACCAAGGUUUGCGAUUUGCUAUAGUUUUGGGACUCAUGUUUCAUUCCACUGCUGGUUGGGAUUCUACUUACUGUCUAAGAUUGAUAAUGUGUAUUCGGAUCCUUCGCCCCGGCAAAUCCCUUGGGUUGUCGGCCAUUAUCUGAGGCGGCGGGUGGAGAGGCUCUAGCUAUAGCUAAGAAAUGAUAUGCCCUUAUUCUCUAUACGAUUCUUGACAGGCAAAAUUCAAGCCUAUGAAGUGAAUGCUAUGACUAUAGGAUUUCGACGGUACACCGACUUUCUAGUACAUUAGAAGUAGCUCAAACAUGCGGUUAGGUAGACGAUUUCGGAGGACCGAAAACCGAACGGCGUUUAUCACAUCAGUCUGGAAUACCCGGCUCUCCCGAGCCGAGAGGGUAGCCUCAUAGUCCUAAAUUUGUCGUUGUCCGUACACGUGUUACGGUAUCGGCCAGUCCGGUUACCCUGAGUAUCCUCGACGCGUGUCUGCAGUAAGAGGGUGUCAUGGAUGAUGCUGUUACCGCAUUUAGCUACUUGGCAGGUACUCAUUACGAGUUUGAAACAGGUGUAAUGUCUGCCUGACUGUUGUUCCACACAAGACUCGGUUGCUUCCUAAUUUAAUUUAACAUGCCAAAAUAUUCGGGCUUUUUUUUUCGUUUUCGUUGAAG